AUGGUUAAAUAUAUGAAGAGAUGUCAUGAUCGGCAUGAAAAAGUCGUUGAAUUCAGACAACCUGAAGAACUAAACAAGUUGAUCAACUUUGAAUUAAAGGAUACACCUGAAGAUUUGGCAACCGUUAUAGAUUAUUGUCGAGAAACAUUAAAUUAUUGCGUAAAAACUGGUCAUCCUCGAUUUUUUAAUCAACUCUACGGUGGCAUGGACAUUGUUGGUCUUUGUGGACAGUGGCUAUCAGCAACAGCUAAUACAAGCAUGUAUACAUAUGAAGUUGCUCCAAUUUUUGUGUUAAUGGAAAGAGCUGUUCUAAGACAUAUGGGACAAUUAGUUGGCUUUUCUGAUGGUGAUGGUAUAUUUGCACCAGGUGGAUCGUUAUCAAAUAUGUAUGCCAUAAGUUUAGCAAGGCACAAGAAAUUUCCAACUAGUAAAAUGGAAGGAUUGUUUUCUUUACCUCGUAUGGCAAUAUUAACUUCGAAACACAGCCACUAUUCCUUUAAAAAAGGAGCAUAUUUUAUGGGUUUUGGUCUAAAUAAUGUAGUUAUGAUCAAUUGUGAUGCAAAAGGCCGCAUGUUGGCUUCUGAUUUAGAAAACCAAAUAAUCCACCUUCAAUCUCAGGGUAUUGCACCCAUAUUGGUCAAUGCUACGUCUGGUACAACAGUCUUUGGUGCUUUUGAUCCAUUAGACGAAAUUGCUGAUAUAUGCCAGAAGUAUGAUUUAUGGUUACAUGUCGAUGCUGCUUGGGGUGGUGCAAUUAUUCUAUCAGCAGAAAAACGUCACUUGAUGAAGGGGAUGCAUCGAAUUGACUCUAUUUCUUGGAAUCCGCAUAAGUUUAUGGGUUGUCCUUUUCAAUGUUCCGCUUUCUUGACAAAAAAAAAGGGACUCUUAGAAGAAUGUCAUGGAAUACCGGCGUCAUAUUUAUUUCAAAAAGAUAAAAUGACAUACGAUAUAUCAUAUGAUACCGGAAAUAAAUCUAUUCAAUGUGGUCGUCAUGUUGAUAUCAUGAAAUUGUGGCUGAUGUGGAAAGCUAAGGGGGACCAGGGAUUUACCAAAAAGCUGCAUCAUGCUUACGAAAUUUCUAAUUAUCUAACUGAGAAAAUUCGGAACCGCGACGGCUUCGAAUUGGUUGUUGAGCCCGUUUAUGUAAGUAUUUGCUUCUGGUAUAUACCUACGGCUAUCAGAAACUUAUCUGACGGUGACGUUAAACGGAGAAAACUAAGUCAGGUAGCACCUCAAAUUAAAGCCGGAAUGACCAAAAGAGGCUCAAUGCUCGUUGGCUAUCAGCCUAUGGAUGAUAAAGUUAAUUUUUUCCGGAUGAUCAUAUUAAAUAGUGCUACAACAUUUGAUGACAUGGAUUUUAUUCUUGAUGAAAUCGAAUCACUUGGAGAAAGAAUUGAAUUUGUACAAAAUGGUUUUCACAAUCCGUAG